UUAACGCCAAUAUUUCGCAUAGAAUGUGCCAUGUCGGUCUCGGAUCCUCUCAUCAAAGAGCUGAAAGGAUGGACUCGAAAGCUGAUAGAACACGCUAAGGAAAUCACUGAUGCAAAUGAAGAUCUACGUCAUUUUUGUAAAUGCUUAGAAAAUUGCUUACAGAAGGAUUUACUGCCUAUUCUCGAUAGUGUUGGAUAUUUCAAGCCAUAUGCAUGGCACUGGUUAGAAUACAUCGCCAAAAAGAAUUACAAUGGUUACAAUACGUUCCUUUUGGCAGUUGAGCAAGUGAAACAAAAUGCAAAAGUGCAUACACCUGCUGGACGACUUCGUCUCCUGAUAAGAAUAUGUUUGGUACGAAAAUGCCUUCAUAUGCCAGUAGAAAUAUUGGCCAGAAUACCAGCUCUAGCUACCGAGUUUUACAACUUAAAAAGCAUUUUGGGAGAUGACAUUUUACGGGAGAUACUAUUAUCUGUACUACUGCAGUGUAGUAAGUUUAAUUUUAAACUGAAUUUAAGAAAUGCAACUUUCUUGGAUGACACCUGGCAGAUGCCGAAAUGUGUAGCUUUGGAGUUGGUACCUUGCAAGAGUUUAGGCAUCUCUGUAUGUUUUACCAACGAGAAAGCAUUAGUUGUCAAUGUCAAUGAGAAAUCGGUGGCUGCUGAAGAUAAUAAAGUCGAGGUUGGAGACGUACUGGACGAGAUAAACGAGAAUGUCAUCAAUGGCGAUAGCAAGGGAAAACUACGUAAAAUUAUGAGGAAAGCUAGUGGACAACCGAUAAUGCUACAUAUCAUUAAGCAUUAUAUCAAAAAAUCCCAUGAGCUUUAUGAACCAAUAGUACAACUCAUAAAAAAUUCAGGAAUUGAAAGCAUGAAGCUCUUAAUACAGAUAUCACAAUUAGACCAAGUGGAAGAAACCACUAAAAAAAAUCAGAUCUCUAAAUUAGGAAGUAAAACAUUUAGUGGAUUCUCCGUGAAAUAUUGCGGUUCUGUACAUGUUGGUACAGAGGGAGAUGUUAAACAAAUUGAGAAAGCUAUUUGGCGUUUAUUGAAGUCAGGAGAAAAAAAACAAGUGCCUGUGCGAUUUGAAUGCUUAGAAAUUGGAAUUGCAGUAACUCGCGAAGUAGACAAUCAGACAAUAUGUAAACAAAGUUAUAUGGAAAUUUCGUCGUGUGGCCGUACCAUCAAUAUUCCAGAUUAUUUUGCAUUCAUUGCAGGAGAAACAAAUUGUAACAUGGCAACAAAAUUUGAUGCUUACGUCUUCUAUCAUCAAAAUGAUGUUGAAGUCCAACAAAUAUUACAGAGUUUAGGACAAGGGUUUCAGCGUACUCAUUUUGCAGUAUAAACAUACAAAUUUUGCAAUACACACACACACACACACACACACACACACA